AUGCAGAUCAAACUGUUCUCCAACAUCCCGCAAGAUGUCGCCGAUGACGCCGUCCAAGUGAUCACUCAGGCGCACCAGCAGCUACCAGCUCAAUCGCCGUCAGCAAUUGCCCACAAGCCCUCUGUCGACCUUGCAGUUCCAGCCGCGCCCUCGCAUCCCCUCGACGAUCAACAGCACACCGGCCUCAUGACCAUCGACAUUGAAGAGACCAACCGCAAAUAUGCAUCGGCCUCGCCAUGUUCAGCAGCACUCAAGCGCCUUGCUGCUGAUUCCGACGAAUCGGGCUCCAACACCGAUGGCACCACUUCGCUUCCUUCCACCGAGCCUUCCACCACUCCCGAUGAAGCCGGAAGCAGCAGCGGUGGCUCUGGCUCCGGGCGAGACGGCCGAAAACAGAGCAAGCGCGCCCGCACUGGCUCUUUUGGACUUUCCUCGCGCCCUGAUGCUUUCUCUCUGCCCCGUUCGGCUCAUGCUCAGGCUCGUCACCCGCUCGGCAUCAAGCCCCUUGGGAAUGCCUACUUCUCGGAUCGCAACGAUCGUUCCUCUUCUCUCGGUCUGUUCGCUGGCUUCGAGGACGACUCUCUCUUAAGCUUCCUCUCCAGCUUUGCCGACGAUCCGGCCACCUUGGCCAAGCUCGAAGCCGUCAGCCACGGCAUGUACACCUACAUCAACGCUACCAACUCCAUCUGGCGUGAAGCUUUCCUUCUCAGCUUCAAUGGCAAAAUGAAGCGCUGGUGCGGAAGCUGGAAGCGCACCUUCAUAUGGCACCACAAGAUGCAACGUGUCGUCCUCGAUGACAAGACUAAGGAUUCCAUGGACGGGGGUCAUUUUGCACUUCUUGACCCACCAGCGCCUCGUAUCCAAUCACCUUACCUCUUUUCGGAUACGCUCUACCAUCCUUUCCGUCUGGCCAUGGCUCCGCUUGAGCAUCUUGUUGCACCGGCAUGCCGUGUGUACACCGCCAUCACCAAGAUCGAUCUCGCCGAGCCUGGAUCGAUAGCCAUGUUCAAGGAGCAGUAUGCAUACGCCAACAAGCCCGCCAUCGUUCAGAAUGCCAUGCCAUCCAAGGACUGGCCUUGUCGCGAAUGGUCCCUUGACAAGCUCUCGCAACGAUGGCCCAAUCGCUUCUUCCAGUGCGAGGCGGUGCGAUCGCGCCUGCCAUCUUACUUCAGCUACUCGCGAGGCAUGCAGCACCUGCAGGAGCAGACUUGGCCGCGCAUGAUCGAGGAAGAAGGCGAUUCUCGAGGCGCCGCGCAACGCCGCUCAGCCUCGCUCACCGCGUCUGACGUGGGCACACCGUCCGACGAAAGCGGUCCGCGCGACAAGUCCGUCAUGCCUCUCUACGACACGCCCUACACCAUCUCGCGUGUCGGUCCACACCUCUUCUCGGCCAGUGCCGACGACGGCGACUCCACCUUUGACCCGUACGCCGUCCCCGACGAGUCGCCCUUCUACCUGUUCGACGCCUCGUUCGCCGACGAUCCACACGCCUCCCUCGAAUGGCGAGUGCCCAAAUUCUUCCAGCAGAUCUCCACCACCUCCGCAGACGCCGCGUCGCAGUACGACAUGUCUGCGGUGCGCUCCGAUCUCUUCUCCCUCCUCGGCCUGUUGCGACCGGAUCACCGGUGGAUCAUCGCUGGACCCGCGCGCAGCGGUAGUGGGUGGCACAAGGACCCCAACGGCACCUCUGCGUGGAACGCCGUGCUCAACGGACGCAAAGCAUGGAUGAUGCUUCCGCCGCACGUCUGUCCACCUGGCGUCUACGUCAGUGACGACGAAGCCGAAGUCACAGCUCCGCUGAGUAUCGCCGAAUGGCUGCUUGAGUUUGCCCAAGAGACGCGAAGAUUGUACGGCCCCGAGGCGGCUCGCCCGGAGGACAGGCUGCUCGUCGAGGGCGUCUGCGAGGAGGGCGAGGUGCUGUAUGUGCCCAGUGGCUGGUGGCACCUCGUCAUCAAUCUCGAGGAGUCGGUGGCGCUGACGCAGAACUUUGUCUCACCUGCAGAGCUCGGGAUCGUGUUGGACUUUAUGAAGAACAAGCCGGAUCAGCUGUCCGGCUUCAAGCGCAGCCAGCAGGUCGAGGGCGGAUCGACACUGGCACCGGGCAGACAGGCCGCUUCGAUCGCAUCCACUGCAGCGCUCAAGCCCGCCGAAGAGGACGAGGAGGAGUGCGACGGCGCAGGCUUCAACGUCUUUGAGCUCUUCUGCGAUCGUUUGGGUCGAUUCGACAAGGAGCUCCUGGAGACGAGUCUCAAGCAGGUCGAGGAGCUGGAGGCUACCCGACGUGCUACCUGCGCGCUGCUGAGACCCGCGCCCAAAGUCAGGAAGACCAAUACGGGCCCGACGUGGUGGGAGAAGCUCAAGCAGGACGAGACCGCAGCUCUGCCCACCGAGUCCGCAUCUGACCCAGAAGCCACAGCUUCGGCAGGCUUCUCCUUCUCGAACCAGCUCUCGUCCGAGCUCGAGCUGGACGACGUCCCCUGGUGA